AUGGAGAAGUGGAGACAAUCGAUUUAUUAACCACCUAGUCUAUUUUUAGAAAGGAAAAGAACAGCACAAUUCCGAAGACUGGAUCCAUUACUCGUUGCACCAUUGACUAAAUUUGAUCACAAGGCCUUUGACUAACUUUUCAAGUCCUAAGCCAACUAACAUCUGAGAAUCAGAAACCUAUCAUUGCAAUCUGAGAGAGUUCAAGAGACACCCAAACAAUUGGGAUUGGAAAACAUUGUUUAUAAAUUACAAAAAAUUCGAAAACUCAGGAACAUUUGA